GCAGCACGAUGGGGAACGGCGGUCGUCCUUUAUAGAAUGACAGGACAAUCGGAAUAAAUGGCGAUUUUGAAAAGGGAUCGAUACCAGCAGUGUUUGCUGUGUUUUGUUUUGUUUAUUCAACUAUCAGGUGUUUUUUGUUUCAGUGAGCUCUCCUUCAUCACAGAACCCAGUGAUGUUGUAGUAAUAACCAGGGAUCCAGUGACCCUGGACUGUGUGGCCCACGGUCAGCCUCCCAUCACCAUCAGAUGGCUGAGGAAUGGAGUCAGGGUAGAGGAGAGCGAACGACUACAGAUCCUGUCCAACGGAUCACUGUACAUACCUGAGGUCAGGAGAGAUGGGGAGGAGUCAGACAAAGGGUUCUAUCAAUGCCUCUCUCAGAAUAGAUAUGGAGCCAUAUUAAGCCAAAGAUCCCGACUGACUAUCACAAAUAUCUCACCGUUCGUGGUGCACCCUGUGCUUUUGGAGGUGACUGAGGGUUCCGUGGCCAGGUUCACCUGUCAGGUGACCUCUAACCCUCCUGCCAGCGUGACCUGGGAGCUAGACCAAAGCACACUACCGCUGGAGACAGACAGAAUCACAGUCCUGCCCAACGGAGUUCUCCAGAUCCACAACGUCCAGCUAGAGGAUGCUGGGAAGUACCGCUGUGUGGCCACCAAUAUCGGCAACCGCGUCAACAGCAGCGAGGCAACGCUCUCUGUUAUCAAACCAGGUGUUGGCCCUAAGCCCCGUCAGACGCCCCGGAUCAUAGCGGGCCCCCAGAAUGUGACGGUGUCCCUCCACCACACUGUGGUUCUGGAGUGUAUCGCUACGGGCAACCCCAGACCCAUCAUAUCCUGGAGCCGAGCCGACAGUAAACCCAUUGACGUGUACAAUGCCAGGGUGCUGGGCAGUGGAAACCUCUUGAUCAGUAAUGUGAAGCCUCAGCACAAUGGAGUCUACAUCUGUAGAGCCACCACACCAGGAACUCGUAACUACACCAACGCUGCUGCCAACCUCACCGUGCUCGAGCCUCCGUCCAUGGUGGAGAGGCCAGAGAGCCAGACUCGUCCCAGGGCUGGCACUGCCCGUUUCAUGUGCCAGGCUCAGGGUGUGCCCCCACCUCGCAUCACCUGGCUGAAAAAUGGAGAGGAGGUGCACCUGAACGGCAGGAUCAAGAUGUACAACAGUAAACUGGUGAUCACUCAGAUCAUCCCAGAGGAUGAUGCCAUCUACCAGUGUGUGGCGGAGAACGAGCAGGGCAGCGUUCUGUCCCUGGCACGCCUCAUCGUGGUGAUGUCUGAGGAUCGGCCCAGCGCGCCCAGGAACAUCCACGCUGAAACCAUCUCCUCCUCAGCCAUCCUACUGGCCUGGGAGAGACCCAUCUACAACGCUGACAAAGUCAUUGCUUACUCUGUACACUACAUGAAAGCUGAGGGACUAAACAAUGAGGAGUAUCAGGCAGUGAUUGGCAACGACACGACCAGCUACAUCAUAGAUGACUUGGAGCCAGCCUGGAACUACUCUUUCUACAUUGUGGCCUAUAUGCCGAUGGGAGCUAGCCGUAUGUCUGACCAAGUCUGUCAACACACUCUGGAGGACGUGCCCCUACGUACCCCGGAGCUCAGUCUGACCAGCCACAGCCCUACAGACAUCCAGGUGUCGUGGCAACCCCUGUCCACCAAACUGUCCCGUGGUAACAUCUGGGCCUACCGACUCUCCUACCGCACGGCCACAGACGCCACGGUUUUGUCUGUGGAACUGGCCCAGAACAACACCCAGUACCUCCUCGGUGACCUUCAGCCUGAUACCAUCUACCUUCUCCGGAUCUCUGCAGCCACCAGGGUGGGGUGGUGUGAACCCUCCUCCUGGACCUCCCACCGCACUCCCAAAACCUCCAGUAAUAAAGUGCCACCUGCCCCACUGCUGCAGCAACUGGAGCCUCUCAACUGCACCUCCAUCUUGGUUCGAUGGCAGCCAUCUCCAGGCUCUGUGGUCGUCCAGGGUUACCGGCUCUGUUACCAUGAGGAGGGCCAACCAGAACAGCCCUCCAUCCAGCUCCAGCCUGAGGACACAGAAUACACCAUCAGUGGCCUGGAACCAAGGAGGAAGUACCAUGUGAAACUGUUGGCAUUAAGCCUUGUAGGAGAUGGUUACCAGGCCGACCAGACACUCAGCACCCCAGGAUGUGUGUCUGUACGAGAUCACCCGGUGGCCUCCCCUCCAGCCCCGGACCAUGUGAGUGCGGUGGCUAACAGCUCGUCAACGGUGUACCUGCGUUGGAGCCGUCCUGCCUUCGCCUCUAGGAAGGCUGUCAGCUACACAGCUCGCUGUACACCUGUGGGCCUGAUGAAUGCAUCAGCCAUACGCUACAUACAGACUACCAACCAGAGUGUGCUCAUACAGAGCCUGGACCCCAACACUCGCUAUGAGUUAGUGGUGCGUCUCCAUGUCGACCAACUGGCCAGUCCCUGGAGCGUGGUUGUCUUUCAGAGGACUCUACCAGCAGCGCCCAGCCACCCUCCCGAAGGUGUGAGGGUGAGUCUGAUUGAGGACGGCACAGCCCUGGUUUCCUGGAGAGAACCAGAGGAGAACAACCUGGCAGUGACGCACUACACCAUCCUGUACGCCUCACAGAGGGCCUGGCUGGCCGGAUACUGGCAGACACUGCAGAGGGAGGGAAGUAACACCAUGGCCCUGCUGGAGCGUCUGGAGCCUGGUAACGUCUACCUGGUGAAGAUCUCUGCCUCCAACCAGGUGGGAGACGGGCCCUUCUCUACUACUGUGGAGCUGGCCCUGGGGCCUGGGUCUAGACACCGAGGGAAGAGCCCCAGGCACUCAGGCAGCGGCUCCUCCUCAGACACCACAGUGUUCUCUGACGGCCUGUACCACACGGAGCAGAAUUCCAUGACCGGGAUCAUCGUGGGGGUCUGCAUCGCUCUGGCCUGUAUAGUGAUGUGGACCAUCAUCCUCAUCAGCAAAGGCAGAUCCAGGAAAUCUUCCAUCUGUAAGAUCAUGGACGUAGUGAACGGUGAGGGAACCCAUGGUCCACAUACUGGUUUGGCCCUGGCCAAUGAACACCAGGCUGAGAACAUAGAGGCCCUGAUGCCCAUGAUGGCACCACACUUCAUUGAUGCCAAGGGUGGGACAAACCUGAUGAUUACAGGAGCCGGCCCGGUCUGCGGUUUCAACCGCAGUAAGAGAUGGCACUUUUUUAAGAGGGAGAGAUACAAUAGAAGUACAAGCCAGGCUGAGAACAGAGCACGUCUGUACGAGGCAGGGAAGACCGUUCUGUGUUACGAGGAGAAGGAAGGUGCGCCUCCCCUCCAGCCCUCCAGCCUGCAUAUCCUGUUCGGGCCACUAGGGGACUUGGAGAGCUCCGGGGGCUUCAGUGAGGGAAACAGCUCUGGAACUACUGAGACCAGUGACGGAAGUCGGGAGACAGGAGACUCUGGUCUCUACUCCAACGAAGAGAUAAGCAAUGAGAUGAGCAACUCCAGGCCUCCGUCCUUCGGGUCGGAGUUGGAUGACAGUCCAACUCCAGAGAAGGAAGAAGAAGAAAAGCCUGGUUUUAAAGUGGAAUCUGAGGUGACGCCACCAAGACAUCCCUACCGUCUCCACCAUGGUCUCCACCAGCCUGGUCAUGACACUGUCCAGCAUCCCUGUUCCCUCUCGGCUGAGGAAAAUGUUUAUCCUGCCCAGGCCACGGUCCAGCAUCCCUCACGUCCCUGUUCCCUCUCGGCUGAGGAAGCUGUUUAUCCUGCCCAGGCCACGGUCCAGUCAGCAGGCUCGUCCUGGUGAUAGGUUACCCAACCUGAAUGCGGCUUAUUUUCAGUUGAAGCAGCCCACCUUUCUCGCUUCUUUGCCUCCUGAAAUAGGUCCUUGGGCAAGGAACAUACAGUUACAUAGAGGGAUCAGGAAGUUUAAGCUUUAAGGAGGAAAGGGGUGUUUGCUUCAGGUCUACCUCAAGAUAUUUGUAAUGAAUGGUGUUGUUUUCCUGUUUCAUUUUGGUCUUAUUUUCAGUCUGUCUGGUUUUUGUCUUUGUGUCAGGUCUUUAGGGAUGAUUUCUUAGACACCAACCUCAGCGGGGGUCGGUGACAACCGGAUGCUUCCGGUUUUCAGGGGAACUGGAAAGAGAGACUUCUGCUUUAGGACGUUAACAAGUCGACAUUCCAUCUUAACUCCUCCUCCACAUUUACAGGAUUGGUUGAACAGUGUAGAAGAGCACAACAAAGAAAGAAACACCACACAGAUGAUGCUUUGUCAUGAAUUGGUGAAAGGGAUGUUAUGGGAUCCUAAUAAGCAUGUUCAGUGAAGAUUGGACAUUGGAAGGAGCUUUACAUGUUUUUAAUUUUUUUAAAUAUUUUUUUUUAACAAAACUAAGCUUAAUCUUUGUCCGGGAAACCAGUCCUUAAUGUCUGUCCUAAACCAAAGCUCACCCAACAAUGAAUGUUCAAAAGAAUGUAGAAAUAUAUUGCUUGGUGAUACAUUCUAUAAUUAAGGAGAUUUGUUUUCUUCCAUUGAAGCAGAGGGUUGGUGACCCUCCUCAUUGCUGAUUGUCUACCUCAGUUACUCUGACUCUGUAUAUAUAGUACUACCUCAUUUAUAACAAUAUAUUGUGCAAGUACCGUAUUAUACUACUACCUCAUUUUUAAGAGUAUAUUGUGCAGUAUUAUUUUCCCCAACUCAGGGUAAUGAGGGUUGGAAAUAUUUCAAAGCCAUGUCGUCUUACCUGCAGGAGUUAUAGUUACAGGCUGAAUUUAGUUUGAAGAUUUGUGAAAAUUCCUUUUUGGAAUUAUUUUUUUUUUUUUUGUAAGGUUGGAAAAGUGUUUACGUUUUUUUUUUAAUGACGAGCCUCUUCAGUAUAGUUCUAACAUUGAAGUGCAUUAGAUACUGUAUCACCAGUCUCUAUUUGAGUAAGAUCAAGUAACUAAAAAAUUAAACGUUGAACUGGCAUUUGCAGUACAGCGUACCUUUUUAAAAGCUUUAAAAUGGCCUUAUUAUUACGUGGAAAAGGGCUUUGCAGAUGAUUGUAGAUACAGAGAACCAAAGAAAGAGUAGGAACACGCGACAUAACAGCCCUACAGUAUUGUAAGUGUCCUCUGAAUAAUUUCGCUGCCGUGCCAAGUAUGUAUAUUUCUCAUUGAAUUAUCGAGUUGAAUACAAUUCUUAUUGUACAUUUUCAAGACACGUUUUUAUAUCUGGUUGAAAGCUUUAGUGCUCUGUCUUUCAGACGAGUGUUCUCCAUUUGCCUUCUAUGUCCAGUAGAUCAUUGAUGCUAAAUGCAGCGUUGACACUGUGCUAUUAGAUGCCAAAGAGUUGUCUACUUCCUCAGAUGGGGGGAUUCAGAUAGAUGAUAGAUCAGACUGGAGGACUGAUGGGUCCUCCAGAUAGAUCAGACGGGAGGACUGAUGGGUCCUCCAGAUAGAUCAGAUGGGAGGACUGAUAUGUCCUCCAGAUAGAUCAGACGGGAGGACUGAUGGGUCCUCCAGAUAGAUCAGAUGGGAGGACUGAUAUGUCCUCCAGAUAGAUCAGACGGGAGGACUGAUGGGUCCUCCAGAUAGAUCAGACGGGAGGACUGAUGGGUCCUCCAGAUAGAUCAGACGGGAGGACUGAUGGGUCCUACAGAUAGAUCAGACGGGAGGACUGAUGGGUCCUACAGAUAGAUCAGACGGGAGGACUGAUGGGUCCUCCAGAUAGAUCAGACUGGAGGACUGAUGGGUCCUCCAGAUAGAUCAGAUGGGAGGACUGAUAUGUCCUCCAGAUAGAUCAGAAGGGAGGACUGAUGGGUCCUCCAGAUAGAUCAGACGGGAGGACUGAUGGGUCCUCCAGAUAGAUCAGACGGGAGGACUGAUGGGUCCUCCAGAUAGAUCAGAUGGGAGGACUGAUAUGUCCUCCAGAUAGAUCAGACGGGAGGACUGAUGGGUCCUCCAGAUAGAUCAGACGGGAGGACUGAUGGGUCCUCCAGAUAGAUCAGACGGGAGGACUGAUGGGUCCUCCAGAUAGAUCAGACGGGAGGACUGAUGGGUCCUCCAGAUAGAUCAGACGGGAUGAUGUCACAGGAGAUUCCAGAGUUGGGGCUAGUUCCAUAUCAAUUCAGUCAGUUCCGGGAGUAAACUGAAAUUCCAAUUCUUUUCAAAAGGGAAAUUUGAGAAUUUUGAAAUUUCAGUUAAACUUUACAGAAUUUACUGAAUUGAACUGGAAUUAAGCCCAACACGGACAGGAGUUUGUCUCACACCAAAACAAAGAAUCCAGUCAGUGUAUUGACAGAGAUAGUGGAUGGAUGAAGUAACAUUUGCAUUCAUCAAGCUGAUAUCACCUGCGGUCAACAAUUCACAUGAAUACCAUUUUUUAUAAAUGAAUGAAUGUUGUAUGAUGGAGAAAUGUAUAUUUGUAUCCACUAUAUUUCUAGCCUGGUACCAUAUUUGUUUGUGCUGUAUAGCAUGCCAGCCAUGACAAUGACCAUAGGAGUCGGCUACACAGAUCAAACACAGCUGGGAGCUGCUAUUAUAUUACACACCCCAGUUUGACAAUACCACAAGAUUCUGACUAUCAACUCAAUAACCCCUAUGUGUGAAGAGCAACAUAAUCAAGUUUUAUAUCUUUGAAAAGCAAAUAAUCUUGACCAAAGAAGAUGUUGUUUUAAUAAUUAGUUAUUUGGUUUUACUUCUUUUUUUUUUUUUUUUUCACAACAGUAUUUGCAUAAUGUGUUAUAAGUUGCUAGGAUUUUUGAUGAACUAGAAAAUGGAAUUUUUAAAGUCGAAUCAUUGUGAUGCCAAGUUCCAUUUUUUGUUUUGUGUGGCUUGAGAGGUCAAAGAGUGUUCAGUUGUCAGUUGGAUCGUGUUCAUGAGAUUUCGCCUGAAAGAUGUUAAAAGUUUACUUUUGGGACUUUUUAAAACAUUUUAUGGUUUUGUUUAUUUUAGGAUAGUUUUAUUUCGUGUUCAAGCAUAUUUCCUGAGGUCAUGUCUACACUUGACACUUGCAUGUGACUUCUGCUAUCGGAAAUACGAAGGUCGCAUUGAAAAGACGGGUCUCUUUGUGGUCUGAUUGUGUUCAGAUCUGGUUACCACUUCAGGAGUUGGUCAGGGAUGCAUUGUGUUCAGAUCUGGUUACCACUUCAGGAGUUGGUCAGGGAUGCAUUGUGUUCAGAUCUGGUUACCACUUCAGGAGUUGGUCAGGGAUGCAUUGUGUUCAGAUCUGGUUACCACUUCAGGAGUUGGUCAGGGAUGCAUUGUGUUCAGAUCUGGUUACCACUUCAGGAGUUGGUCAGGGAUGCAUUGUGUUCAGAUCUGGUUACCACUUCAGGAGUUGGUCAGGGAUGCAUUGUGUUCAGAUCUG